CACCUACUAUUACUAUCACCAGCGCAUAUCAUAACAAAACAACCACACGCGCCCCCGACACAAACACGGCCCUAGUCCAACCCAACAGCCCGUCUAUGACCAGCCGGCCGUUUCGCAUGGGCUCACCCUGCUGCGUGGGCUACAACGAUAAAAAGCGACGGCUGCUUCUCAUCUCUCCCCUGAAUCCGUGAAUUUGUCUUCAUCUCAUUAAAACACCCGAAUAUCUCGCCCACAGCUGUAGAGGAUUAACUUCUAUGGCGGCCGAUCCCCGUGACUCCGGCCCUGCGAUGGAGCCGCCCGCCUCGACCUCUUCAUUUUCUCCUGCUCUCCGUCAUCUUCACUCCUCGUCUUCGUCUACCUCUUCGUCGCCAAAUCGUCUUCCUCAGGGCCAGUUCAAUUUCGAAUAUCAUAUUCCUUUGCGCAAACGAGCCUUGACUGCCAGCGCCCAACAACACUCCUCCUCCUCCUCCUCCUCCUCCCCCGCCGCCGCCGCCGCCGCCGCCGCUCAUCAUCCUGCUCCCCGGCGCACCAUAAGCAACUCCAGCACCACUGCCCCGGUCCAUGUCCCUCAGCACCGGAGAUCCGUCCCCAACUUCAGCCUCCCCCACAUCGCUGCGCUUUCUCGAAAGUCGUCUUUCCAGUCUCCGUUGUCCACGCUCAACCAGAACAGUCUUCAUUCCCCCCGACCGCGCGAGGUCGAAUCCCCUGGCGACGACGCGUUGAAUCCCAAUGCGUCCAAGCGACGAAGACAAUCCGCCGUCAUUUUCCAAGAUUCAGCGAAAAACACUAUGCCCACAUCUACGCAGACCUAUGUGCCGUAUCGUCCUUCCUUCACAGCCGACAAAAGUCGCGCCCUCAAUGGCGUCGAUAAACAGGCGCAGGACCCCGACGAAACCAUCACCAGCAACACUUCGCGCGAAGACAUCUUUCUCAAUAUCGCCAGAUCAGAUCCAGACCGUCACAAUUCUUUAGCUCGUUCAGAAUUCAGGCGGUCCCGACUCGGUCUUUCUAGUGGCUCCUUGCGAUCCCCAACCUCCCGUGUACAUAGCAAUGACAACACCCCUUCUCCCGAACAAUUACGAUCCAGCAAUUCGCAUGCGCCCUUGCGUUCUCCUCUUCAUGCCACCUAUGGUUCCGUGUCGUACCCGCAUUCUUCAGCAUCCGCCCACCCUCUCGAAGACCAUUCCCGCACGCGCUAUGCCGCUGUCGGUUCCAGUUCUCGAUCCUCCAUCGGUUUGCCACGAAGCAGAUUGAGUCGAGCCAGUCCAGAUGCCUCCCCGCGUACCUCCUCCGGCGCAGAUAGGCGGGCCUCAUGGCAGGACCCUCCUCGUAUCUACCCCAACCCCGCACUAUCGACUAUCCGUAGUAGUCGUCUACCCAGUUCAUCGGAGACCACUGAGCGUGUCCGCGUCGAAUACCCGGACAAGAACCGCCAAGAUGGAACGGAGUCUACUCUCUCUACCAAUGCGCCGUCCACCGUGUGGGAUGAACUGGAGGACCUCAAGUCCCGCAUCCGCAAACUCGAGUUAACCGGCAAAUUACCACCGUCGUCGCAAGCCGCCAUGUCUUCUGCUUCGAAUUCGGGAGGUGAACGACCUCGAACAGCAGCGACCACGGCCACUACCCUGUCCUCGUCGCCUAACCAUCGUCGCAAGGAAAGUGGCCCCUCAGCCGAACCUGAUACCGCGCCGGCCAACCCAGUCCAUCCUCUUUUGCAAUCAGCGCUGGCCAAAUCCAAAACUGUGCUCGGCAAUGAUGUAUACAGAACCCUGGAAGCAACUGCGACAGAUGCGACAGCCUUAUCUACCAUUCUGGGCUCCGGUUCUAUUCCGUCGAGCAGCGCUUCCGUGAUCAACGGGUACAAUCCAUCCGACAGACAAUCCCGACGGAAGGCGGACAGUGUAUGUCGGGGAUUGACAGAACUAUGUCUCGCAUUAUCAGAUGAUUACGUCAAGCAACACGAACCAACGGCUCAGGAAGAAACCGUUCGGGUACCGCAGCAGAAUGGCCACACCCACCCUGAGCCAUCAACCCCUACACUUCCACUCCAGCGGAGAGAGACUUUCGAACCAGAGGGAAUCAUCCGACGACGGAGCAGUGCCCGUGUUGCCAGUCGAUUGGAAUCUCGUCGCGCGAGUAUGGUAAAUGGAAACAGUCCUAGCUAUCACCAAGACGACCCACCUCCACUUCCUGAUAAGCCGAUCCCGCAGCAACAACCUCCACAAACACCAGCAGCACCACCGGCGCAACCACAACCGCAACCAGAACCCCAACCAGAACCCCAACAAACAACUACCUCUACUCCUAAAAGCCGACUCAAUCGACUAUCGACAUCAUUCCGGACACGGAGAGCACAACCGGAAGAAGAGAACGCAGAGAACGAAAGUUCCCACAACCGCACCCUCUCCCGAGCCAUGACCAUUGCGACGCCAGCAACACAACCAAGCCGCCUAGCAGCACGACAACGCCUCUCGCAAAGCUUCACCUCAUCCCAGUCCAUUCCCAACUCACCCCGCGAACCGCAAACUCCACAACAACAACCACCACCACCAACCCACCAACGCCCAACACCCACCGCGCAGCAACAACAACAACAAGAACCACAAUCCGUCCCCCGCACCCCCAACCUCUCCCAAUCCGCCAUCCCCCUCCGCAGAAGCUUCAUCUCCCACACCCCCACGACGUCCCGCUCAAACAUCCAAUCCGGAUCCCGCCGCUACGGCCUCUCCACCUUCUCCUCAACAACACCAAUCGAGGCUGAUAUCCCCGAAACACCCCAACAAUCAACACCAGCACAAGCACAAGCACCCACACCCUCGCAAACAAGGAUCGUCGCGCCCUCGUCCAAAAUCGCGGCUAGUUACACGCCCAUCCAGCAGAACCAGAGCCGCUCGAGGGCUAAUAGUCUGGGGACGAGGCGAUUUGGGAUUCGCCCACGGCCGAUGGUUAAUGUUGAUAAUGUGGUGAAUGGGUAUAAUAAUGGUUGAACUUGGUUGAACUUUCUCAUUCAUUCAUACUCCGGUUAUCUUACGUCUUAUGCCCCGCUUCUUGUUUUAUUUUUCUCGGCCUCGGGUUGAGUCUUACGCUACGCCUUCUUUGUUUAUAUCUAACGCAGCGACUUUUGGAUAUUUUCAGCCGGCGUUUUCCUUUUUCUUCUUUACAUACACUCUGGGUUGCGUGUCCGUCAUCCAUAUACCUAUUUGUUAUUUUCCAUUUAACGAACGACGAAUGUCAUGCCACCUGAAUUGAUUUGGUCAAGUCAAGAGGCAAUGCAAUGCAAUGCAUGAAUGCAUACUUUCG